CUUCUUCAUUAGCAAAACCUCCAACCUCAAUUACCUGAAGAGACAUCAGACAUCAUGUCUCUGACCAAGCUCAUGCGGCCCCUGGUGCGGUCACGCAUUCCCACAUCCACAAACUCUUACCCCUCUGCAACGAUAACACCAUGCCUCGCCCGGCGCACCUACGCCAUGCAAACGCCCGGCAACCCAGUGAUGGAGAUCUUCAACCGGCGAGUCAAGCACCUGCAAAAGGACCGAGCAGCACACAACGUGGAGGAGAGCCGGAAGACAGAUUACAUUAAAGACGAGGUUGCGAUGCGAUUAUGCGAACGAUUGCUGGACAUCAAACGCGACUUUCCGCAAGUAUUGGACCUGGGCGCCAAUAGCUGCAACAUCGCGCGGGCGCUCACAACACCGAUGCCGGACCCGGCGAGCGAAACAGGCGGGACGCUGGAGCCGCUGGCGUCACGGAUCUCGCACCUGACGUGCAUCGAGACGAGUGCAGGGCUGCUGAACCGGGAUAUGAGCCACGGGUUCAACGAGAAGCUGGCGAUCACGCGGCAGGUGGUGCCGGAUCUGGAGACGCUGCCGUACGCGGAGAACAGCUUCGACGCGGUGCUGUCGUCGCUGAGCAUCCACUGGAUCAACGACCUGCCGUCGCUGCUGGCGCAGGUCAACAAGGUGCUCAAGCCCGAUGCGCCGUUCAUCGCGGCCAUGUUCGGCGGCGACACGCUGUUCGAGCUGCGCACCUCGCUGCAGCUGGCCGACCUCGAGCGCCGCGGCGGCGUCAGCCCCCACGUCUCGCCGCUGGCCGACGUGCGCGACGUCGGCGGCUUGCUCAAUAAGGCCGGCUUCAAGAUGCUCACCGUCGACAUCGAGGAUAUCGUCGUCGAGUUCCCCGAUACCUUCUCCUUGAUGGCUGAUUUGCAGGCCAUGGGCGAGAGCAACGCCAUCCUCCACCGCGAGAUGGGGCCCCUCUCGCGCGAGGUCCUGCUGGCUAACGAGGCCAUCUACCGCCAGUUGCACAUGGAGGAGGGCGCCCGCGGCAUCCCGGCCACGUUCCGGUUGAUCUAUAUGAUCGGGUGGAAGGAAGGGGCGGGCCAGGCGCAGCCAUUGGAGAGGGGCAGUGGGCAGCUGAAUCUGAAGGAUAUCCUUGGGGGAGGGUCGUUUGAGAACAAGUGAUCUUCCCAAAAAAAGUAGACGUAGCGUUGUAUAAUAGCGAAAGAGAAGGGGGAAGACAAAACAG